AUGGAUCGGAAAGGACGUGAACGCAAGUUUCCGGGCAUGAAGAUUGUGAUGCCAACGCCCGUCGAGACGCCAACGAUGAAUCUGGAAGACAGAUGUCUUAUCAAACUGACAAACGAGUCUGACGAGAUUGAGAUUGCCGCCACCGACCUCGUCGUACUUGAAGAACUGGGAAAGGGUGGAUAUGGUAUUGUGGAAAAAAUGCAACACAGACAGAGUGGAAUCAUUAUGGCCGUGAAGCGAAUCAAGUCAUCCAUCAAUGAUCAGGCUCAAAAGCAGAUGCUCAACGAGCUUGACGCGUGUAGAAGAAGCGAUUGUUGUCCACAAAUGGUUCGAUUCUAUGGAGCAAUGUUCCGCGAGGGUGACGUCUGGAUUUGUAUGGAAGUAAUGGACACGUCACUCGACAAAUUCUAUCGUCAUGCCUACAAAGUCGGAAAGCACAUUCCGGAGCCGUUUAUUGGAAAGAUGGCUUUGUCGGUGAUUGAAGGGCUCAAUUUCAUGAAGGAGCAACUGAAUCUGAUUCAUCGUGACGUCAAGCCAUCGAAUAUUUUGCUCAAUCGACACGGACAAGUCAAAAUUUGCGAUUUUGGAAUUUCGGGUCACUUGACGAACAGUUUGGCAAAGACCGUUCAAGCCGGAUGCAAACCGUACAUGCCACCAGAGAGAAUCGACGGAGAGACGAAAUCUGCAUAUGACGUCAGAGCAGAUGUUUGGAGUUUGGGUAUCACUAUCAUCGAGAUCGCUGUUGGAACUCAUCCAUACGCCAACUGGAAGACGCCAUUUGAGCAAUUGAAACAAGUAGUGAAGGAGCCACCACCGAAACUACCGAACGAGAGUGGUUUCAGUGCUGACUGUCAAUUCUUUGUAAAACGAUGUCUCGAGAAAGACUACAACGAACGUCCGAAGUAUCCGGAAUUGUUGGCGAUGCCAUUCAUGGAGAACGCAAGAAACGAGAAGAAUUUCAGCAUGGCUCGAUUUAUUAACGAGAUUCUCGACACAGUCUGGCGGCGAUGA